GGAGGAGGAGCAUUUACCGGAAUACGCUCAACCUUCCUCUCAUGCACACACGCUUUCUCUUACCAUUUAAUGUGUCUUUAUCUGUUCAAUUUGAACGCGUGCAAGCUCAUCUUAAUGUCAGGAAGCAGCGUGUGAGUGUUCAUACAGGAAGUGAUUCAAGCCUGUCAGUGGGACGGUUCACACCGAACACUUCAUGCCGUCCGGACUUUGAGCUGCUGGCAGACUGGUGUUCCCAAGUUGGAGUUAAUGACAGCCUUCAUCUUCACCCUCCUGCGCCUCUCUCUCGUGGUUGCCACGGCGACGCCAGCCAUCCAUGAGUCCAGUGACCCAUCAGAGGCAGCCUGCUACGACUGGGGGGAGUACACCUUGGAGAGGGUCUCCGUCCUGGAGGGGGAGGCAAGCUGGCUGUCCUGUCCUCUCUUUCGUCACCCCUCCCUUUACAACUACUCCUCCUCCCAGAGCGCCGGACAAAACCUGGUGUGGUACCGCCUUUUUGACGGACACGAGCUGGAGCAGCCAAUCACGCACAGCGUGCGGCUCAGCAAAGCGAGGGAAAGGUUGCUGCUGCAGCCGGCCAUCGCCAACGACACGGGCCAGUACAUCUGCAUGCUGCGCAACAAGUCACACUGCAGUAAGAUGGCCGUGCGUCUGACGGUGUUGCGGCGCGACGAGGCGUCACCGGGCUCUGAAUGUGAUCUGCCGGUUGCCACGGCAGCAAGUCAGGUGGUUAUUUAUUUGCAGAAGGGCAAGACGAUCAACUGCCCGGACUGGCAAGAGGCCACCAACAUGGCCGACAGCCCACCCACUGUCAGCUGGUACCAUGAAUGCCAGCAACCUAAUCAGUGGACCAGUGAUCGUGAGCAGAUAGGCGCCAGUCUAGAAGUCCACUACAUGACUGACCCUUACCAAGGCCUUUAUUACUGUCAGGUGCACUACCAGAGGGGGGGUCGAGCACUGACCUUCACCAGGAGCGUCAACGUGACCGCCGUCUAUUCACCUUCCCAGCACGAAAAGCCCAGCAUCCUCCAGCCGACCGAAGACCAGGUCUUCCCUGUCAAACGAGAUUCGAAUGUGCGUCUGGUCUGCAGAGGAUAUUUUCCCUACCUGGACUCAGCCUGGGAGAUCUGGUGGACUGUCAAUGGAAAGACGCUGGAGGAGCUGGCCGACCCAAGAUUCUCCAGAACCAACCACCAGGUAAAUUACGACUUCGGGAACCGCAUCGAGGAGAGCGUAUUGCUGAUCCGGGACUUCCGCUCUGAAGACCUGACCACGACGUUCAACUGCUCCGUGAGGAACAAGCAAGGCUUCGAGACCCGCAGAGCUCAGCUGGAGGAGGAAGUGUCUUUGCCCACGGUGGAGCUGGGCUGUGGUCUCGCCCUGACGCUGGUCCUCAUGCUCGUACUCUUUGUGGUCUACCACGUCUUCUGGCUGGAGCUGCUGCUGCUUUACCGCUCCUGGUUUGGUACUGACGAGCGCGACACAGAUGAUAAGGAGUUCGAUGUGUACAUCUCGUAUGCCCGAAACAGUGAUGAAGAGAAGUUUGUUCUAUGGACGCUUCGCAGAGUUUUGGAGAACGAGCUGGGAUACACAGUGUGUAUUUUUGACCGGGACAGUCUGCCAGGGGGGACCAUCACAGAUGAGACUCUGAGUUUCAUAGCUCGUAGUCGGCGCCUCCUGGUGGUCUUUGGUCCUGGUUACGCCUCCCGGGGCUCGCAUGCCCUGCUGGAGCUGAAGGCCGGCAUCGACGGCAUCAUGGGCGGCCACCUGCGGAUCAUCCUGGUCCAGUACAAGCCGGUGCAGCGGCAGGAUUGGGUGCAGGAGCUGAGGAUGGCCCGCGUGGUUCUGGCACUGGUGCGUUGGCAGGGUGACAAGUCGAAGGAGCUGACGUCUCGCUUCUGGAAGAAGCUGAGGGUGGAGUUACCCGUCAGGAGGGUGGGUCUGGAGGAGGAGGCGGAGCUUAUGUUCAGUCAGAACAGAACCAGCAAACACACGGACCUCAAUGAAGCACACAAAGUCCUGAAGUGAAAGGAUCCCUCACCUGUUCUGGUCCAUUCCAUGCUGAGGAGUCGCCGCCUGCUGUUUGUCCUCAGUCCUGACUUCCUGGCCGAAAAGAGCUUCAGCCUGCUGGAGUGUCAUCUGGGUCUGGACCUGCAGCGUGCCGGCAGGGUCUGCGUUG